GUUAUCGAUUGCCCACACUUGUUUACUUAGCUCGUGAAAAGAGGCCUCAAUAUCUACACAACUUCAAAGCUGGAGCUAUGAAUUCAUUGCUAAGGGUAUCAUCAGAAAUAAGCAAUGGAGCGGUAAUCCUCAACGUUGAUUGUGACAUGUAUUCGAAUAACUCACAGUCUAUUCGCGAUGCACUCUGUUUCUUCAUGGAUGAGAAGAAAAGCCAGGACAUUGGGUUUGUACAAUUUCCACAAAACUUUGAAAAUACUACUAAGAAUGAUAUAUAUGGUUCAACCCUUCAAGUUAUCAGUCAAGUCGAAUUUCAUGGUUUGGAUGGCUUAGGAGGGCCAUUAUAUGUCGGAACUGGCUGCUUCCAUCAAAGAGAAAUAUUAUGUGGAAGGAAGUACUCUAAGGAUUACAAGAUCGAUUGGAAGACCUCGAAAAUGGAUGGAACAAUCUUCGAGUUGGAAGAAAGAGCAAAAUCACUUGCUAGCUGUGUAUAUGAGCUGAACUCUCAAUGGGGAAAAGAGCGGGGAUUGAAAUAUGGGUGUCCAGUUGAAGAUGUAAUAACCGGGUUGGCAAUCCAAUGUCGAGGAUGGAAAUCAAUAUACUUGAAUCCGAAAAGAAGUGUUUUUUUAGGUUUAGCAGCCACAACUUUAGAAGAUACACUAGUGCAACAUAAAAGAUGGAGUGAAGGUGAUCUUCAAAUCAUGCUAACACAUUGUCCUUUAUGGUACGGCCAUAAAAGGAUCCACCUAGGCCUUCAAUUGGGCUAUUGUCACUACUGUUUUUGGGCAGUCAACUCCCUUGCAACCUUGUGUUAUUGUACCGUCCCUUCUCUAUACAUGCUCGGAGGCAUUUCCGUGUUUCCUAAGUUAUCAAGUUCAUGGUUUCUUCCAUUUGCCUAUGUUAUCAUUGCCACGUACACGUACAAUUUAAUAGAAUUCGUACACACCGGAGGUACGGUUUUAGGGUGGUGGAAUGAACUAAGGAUUUGGCUCUAUAAGCGAACAUCAUCAUACUUGUUUGCCCUCGUUGACACGAUUUUGAAACUCAUUGGGUUUUCGGAAAAAUUUGUGAUCACCAACAAGGUGACCGAUGAAGAUGUGUAUCAAAGAUAUGAGAAAGAGAUUAUGGAAUUUGGAGCCCCUUCUCCCAUGUUCACUUUGCUAACUUCUCUUGCAUUGAUAAAUUUAUUUACUUUUGUUGUCUUAAUAAAAAAUUUGUUAGAACGAAAAGAGAUGAGAUUGAUGAUUGAGGGAUUAAGCUUGCAAAUUUUGCUAUGUAGUGUGUUGGUUUUAAUCAAUUUUCCGUUGUUUAAAGCUGUUUUUAUUAGGAAAGACAAAGGCAAGAUGCCAAAUUCUGUGACUAUGAAAGCAAUAGUUGUAUCUUUUAUUAUUGUACUUUAUUUUUUGUCAUUAGGACCUUUAAUUUAUAGAUUGAUUUGA